GUAUCCGGGCCUUAAUCGUAACCGUUUGGUUGUACCUCGUUACCAUUAAAUGAAACUCAGUUCGGCCUGCAAAACUAGAUUACUGAAGGUGAUUGCGCUCUCCCUGUAGCUUGGUGACACGAUCCAAUUUCAAGAAUUCGAUUGUCAACAGGAUUUUUGGAAAUUUAUAGAAGAAUCCACGUUGAGGCUGACGUUUAGUCCGAAGGCUGAUAAACAUGCUCAUAAUCGCUCGAAUUGGCGUCAAUAUGAUCAUCGUGAUUCAUGCUGCGUUCGAUGCUUAUUGAGUUAGAGGAAAGACUUUUCUUGGAUAGAUCAGCAAGCAAAGCCGUCUUUGACACUGAAGGAGGAGGGACGAAAUUCGUUGUGUCCUGUUUUGCCGGUGUUCAUCUAAAGGCCUGAUCCAAACAAGAGCGAUCAGCGCAAACCAUGUCCCAGUCAAGUUACCCAAGAAUGACUCCGAAAUUGAACUUGGAAGGGCUUCGGCAGGAAGUUAAACAAGUGGAGCAGAGUUGCACCUCUUCUAUGAAGCCAGCAUCCAACUUGAAGUUGAUGUCGGCUUCAACGUCUUCAUCAACCUCCGAAGACGAGGAUUCUGAUGCCUAUGAGUCCGAUGGUCCCGAAUCUCAGGCAGGAGAAUCUGUAGGUAGUAGCAAAGAUAACCCAGAAGCAGUUCUUCCAACAAAGGCACAUGAUGAUGAUAUCAAGCCCUUGGAAUGUUUCCUCAGUUCGUCAAUCAAUAAGAAAGAUCGAGCUGUGGGCGGAUUGGUUGCAAGCAACGAUUUCUUUACCCCGAGGCCAAACCUACCUCGAUCCGCGAGCUCGAACUCAAUUAAACAAUCUUCUUUUUCGUUUGACGGGGGAGACCGAAGUUUCGCCUCGUCCCAUGAUGUGGCGAUGAGGAGGAUUGGGGAGGUUGAUCCUCACCCUGACAGUCUACGCAGCCGAUAUUCUGUAAAAUCGACUCCGAGGCAAACUUCUGUUGAGGCGUUAAAGGCCAACUUCGGAACUCCACAAAUGGGGACCCCUAGGCUCAUGACUCCACGGGAUGCGAGCAACUGUUCUGUUGGAUAUAUCAUCAAGGAGAGAGUAAACAACUUCACAAAAAGAAUACAGCAAUCAUAUAAUACGGAGAGACGAGUGUGCAGGUCUGGCAGAUCAGUAUCUGCACGGUUGUUAGAACAUGGCAUGACUCCGGUUUACCAGCCUGAAAUUUGGGCAACGCAGCCACCCCCCAAGGCAAUCACAGAUAUUAGUGAUGUACGUUCUUUCCUUGGUCGUCCUGCGCCCGAAGGAUGUGCUCCCAUUCAGUGUUUUGUUCAACGUCAAUACAAGGCCGAUUGGAUAUUUCCUAGGUUCAAAAUGUAUCUGCAAGAAGGAAACCAAAUGCACUUCAUUUUGUCUGCAAGGAAACGGAAGAAAAGCAUGAGCAGCAACUACAUAAUGUCGCUCGAUGCAGAUGACAUCUCCCGGAGAACUGGCAACUACUUUGGAAAGCUGCGUUCGAACUUCUUUGGGACUGAAUUCUGGUUCUAUGACAAGGGCGCUCGGCCGAAGUUAGGAAGAUCAGAAGCAAGCCAUAGUAGAAGGGUGGAGUUAGGUGCUGUCACUUACCAGAAUAACCCGCUCGGACUCCAAGGACCUCGGAAAAUGAUAGCAAUUAUACCUGCUCUGACUAUUGAAAAGAAGCCUUACAUUCACGAGCCAGGACCAGCAGGUUCACACUCCUUGUUGACGAAAUAUAAAUGCGGGCAAGAUCUACACAAGAUGGUCAUAAUGCGCAACAAAGACCCUGCAUGGAACAAUAAGAAAAUGUGCUAUGCCCUCAACUUUAAUGGUCGAGUGAGUAGGCCAUCUGUUAAAAACUUUCAGCUCACAAAAGAUGAAGAUCCAGGAAACAUAAUUUUGCAGUUUGGAAAGGUCGGAAAGGAUGCUUACAACAUGGACUACAAGUAUCCCAUGUCUGCUUUGCAGGCAUUCGCCAUUGCUCUGUCUAGCCUCGACAAGAAGAUUGCGUGUGAGUGAGAUAACGUUCCAUGGCAUUCAGAUACGGCCCGUGAAACUCAUGGAAAGACCGUGAACUAAGAGAAAUCUUGACCAACCGACUAUGCUGCAGUACACUUCGGGGUUUUCGACGAGAUAAUCGACUAGAUGCACACAUUAGCCAAUAUGGACAUGCACACAAGAGAUCUGUACUCGAAGGUGACUUAAGUACAAACAUGUGCGAACUGGUGAAUUGUGAGGUCAGUUCGUGUUUCCGGAACGAUCUACUUCCCGUUUCCUUAAAGAAAGUUUUGUCCGAAGUUGUAGCCCCAGCCACGAAAGGGAGACAGCAUCCGGAACUCAAAAGUUCACAAACAGUCACGCUUCAAACACCAGGCUGUUUCUUUUUCUUUAUUUGGAUGGAUGGAUGGAUCCAUGGUUGCAAUGACAAGUUUCCAAAUAAUUAUGCGAAGCU